GAAAAAAAACGAUUGAGUUUCUUUCUCGCGCAAUCCAUACCCAUUUUCAGGUGAAGGAACUGCAUCGACUAGGGGAGAUCGAGUCUUGCGUAGUUGAGGAAUGAACAAAUUAUAAUUUGAACCAGAUUCGAAAAUUAGGCCAAUGAACUGCCGCAACUAUCAGAGUUAGAGGAGCAGUAAAGGAAGCUCCAAGGUCGUACAAACGCUGAACCAGUUUCUUCUCUAAUUCUGAUGCUCAAAUUUUCAAUCCAUGAUGUUCACCUUUCAUCGUAUUCUAUGGAGUGAAGCCGGAUGAAAAGAUCAAGUUUGUGUGUGGCAUUCAAAAGGCUCAACAUGUUAUAUUUGCUAAUUGGGUGUGUGUUUCCUUAGCAUCCUCACAUUUUGGAGUUGCUAUUGGAGUGGAAGCAUCCGGACGAUUGGAGUGGACGACCAUACUACAUCUAUUUUCAAUCUUCUUCUCCGUCCAGGUUAGGGACUGAAUUUUUCAGUUUCAAUUGCUCUUCUGUCCUAGCAAAUUGUCAAGAUUUAAAUAUUAAUUUUAUCCAAGAAUGGAUGCUGAGCUAUGCAUAUUUGCAAAUUUCUUUGCUAAUUUUUUCUCCAAUGGAAACACAUUCAUGACUCAUCAAGAGUACAGAGUUCUUCGCUAGCCUCGACUCACUCAGGGAUAUGUAGUAUUAAAUUUUUCCCCUGGCAUUGCUCAAUUGUUUCACGUGGAGGAGUGGCUUCAUUGCACUGCUAAAAUUUAGGGUGCGUGGAAUCAAUUCCCCUCUCAUUCUUCCUCUGUAAUGGAACUACCUUCACUAUCUCAAUGUCUAAUGUUAGAACUAAUUAUAGUGGGUGAACCAAAGUGUUCUCUUUCUGCUAAGUUGAGAAGGCUAAGGGUGCUGGGAUUACUAUAUGGGAGUUUCUCUGAAGAUAAGUCUUUUAGUUCCGCUCAUUUGGUGGCUUUUCCUUCUUUAUCUAUGGAUCAGAUGAAAGGAUGAAGUAAAGUGUUUUAGAGCUAAUCUUGCAGAUACAUGCAAUAUGGCUAAGUUAGAUAGUGAUAUUCACGUGGUUGACACUGACAAAACAUUUGCCAGAUUCUGCACGGAAUCCAAACAACUUGAUCCUGAAAGACACCAGAAGUACAUCUAUGGUGGUUGUGUUGGUGCAUACGUGAAGGUGAGUUGGCAUAUUAGUGUUCAUUGCUAUUUUCCCACUAACAUGAUGUGUGUUAUAAUUUUAAAAGAAUUUCUUUUCUAAUUCUCCAAGAAUGGAUGAUUAGCUUAUGGAAAUAUUUUCAUUCAAUCCUUAAAUUUUAUGUGAAAGAAUGUAAAGAGAAAAGUAUAGCGAACAUUAGAAUGAGUGCCAUUAUAACAUUUGGUCAAAAUAUUUUUUUUAUUUUCUCCAAUUGAUAUUCACAGUCAAACUAUUAGGAUCUAUUGGAACUAAAAAUUACUUGGGAAUUGAAGGCAUAUAGGUUUGAAUAUUUGAAAGUGUAAAAAAACUAGAAAGAAUGAAAAUUUGUAUCUGGAUAUGAAAAAUACUCGGGUAUAAAUAAUAUUCCAGCAACCAUUUUCAUUUACAUUCUUCAUAGAACACUAAACUCAAGGAAAUAGGUUUUGUACACACCCCAAAGUUUUCCAUUCUCCAAAACAACCCUUUAAAUACUAAGGGAAUUAUUUUCUGGUAUGAUUCAAGGUGCAGGACCAAGUAAAAGGAUUUUUGUGAAUCUGCUUUGUUCCUUUGACAAGAGUCAUUUUUCUGCUCAAAUAGUUUAACUUCCUCCCUAUUAUAUCCUUUUGAUUGAUUGUUCUUAGAACUUUCGAAUGCCAUGCACUAGGUGUACUGGGAAACUGUUUAACUAUCUUCUUCCUUAGGUCUUUAUCAUCUGCUACUAAGAUUCUUCCUUCCUUAAAUAUGCAUCCACCCUUCAACUAAUGCUUUUCAUGACAUUUGUGGUUAGUGUUAAUUCUUUUUUAAUAAGCAGCAGGAAAAGCCUAGACAUGAAACUGAGAAUAACAAUAAUAGUACUUAGUAGUUAAGGAUAAAACAUGUAAGUUUCAAAAGAGAAGGACCAUUUCUCAUUGUAAACAUUUAUCUAUGUGACAUAUGUGGCUCUGAGUAUCUAUAACUCUAUGUGACAAUUGACAAAUAAGGCUCCAGUGUAAAAAAUGUUUAUCCCAUUUAGCUAAAUCCACCCAUUUAUGAGGAUUAUCUUUAGGAAAAGUUCACGUCCUCUUUCCCUUUUUACACUUUUAGGGGCAAAUUUGUACAUUUGUAACAAAUGAUGUGGAUUUUGCCAAAAUAGGUUUAUCCCAUUUAUGUUUUUUUUGGGAAAUUUAUAUUGAUUUAUAUAAUUUUAUGUUUUAAUAUACUUCAAGAUAUAAAAAUAAGUUUAAUUUUUGGUGAAGGCUUCCAAAUGGGUAAUGAUUAGACAUGAAAUUUAGAAAAUGUUUGAAAGUCGGAUAAUAACAAAUAUGGAUGCUUGGUUGUUUGGUAGUGUUCAUGUAUUAAAACGCUUCUCACUCAAGCGAUGAAAUCCGUUCUUUGUUUCAUUCUUUUAGAGUUAUUGGUUUCAAUUUUUUCCAAUUGUUGUAAUUUCUGUUUCAGUCUUUUGCCAAACUUUCCAAUUUUCUUUCAUUCCUAAAUGAUUUUGUACAUCGUCAUUUUCAAUUGUUUCAAUUAUGAGGAGGAUCCGGGCAGCGAUGCAGAGAACAUGUGCAGAAUGGAACUGCAGAAGUGAAGAAGGAGAAGCAAAAUAAGUCUAAAGCCACCAUCUGCCAUGGUGCAUUAAUCUUAUUAUGUGGUUUACUGGAUGAGAUUUUAGUAGUGUCAAUUAUUUGUUUUGUUUCCUUUAAUCUCUAUAAAACUUACUUUUUAUGUGAUCUAAUUGAACAUAUUUUUUAUUCUUUCCAAGGCAAUGAAUCACAAGAAAGAAUAUAUUAUUAAUGCGAUUUGCUGAUUAUUUUCGGUUUUAAAUUAAUGACCCAAAUCAACACAUGUUCAUACUAGAAUAUGCAGGAGUAUCAGGCUUUCCAGAUUUAUCGUAGUGUUUGUUUGUACCAAGUUGAUUUUUGUGGGGAUUUAUCAGAGCCUGGUUCUUAUCCACCUUACCAAAGAUAUUACUAUGAUGGGAAGGUACGAGCUCUUAACGAACAACUUCUAGACCAAGGAUUCAAAGUAAUUCCAUCUUACUAAACUUAUACGUGCAAU